UGGGUGGGUGGAAGGCGUAUCAGCAGCACUGCUUCAGCAUUUGGCCCGAGCGGUGGAAAAUCGUUUAUAAAAGGGUAUACACGUUGGUGGGUUUUACGAUUUGCUGGAAGGACGUCGUUGAAAUAACACUUGUUGAAUACACCUUACCCUAGAGUGGACAGGACAUUUGGUCAGAGUGGGGCCACCGUCGAGGAUCGCCUCGAGUCUUGGGUGUUAAGUUUGAUUUGAUGGCAGAAGAGUGCUUGGAGAGUGUUUGGUGUCGUUGAGCGGACGGCAAGAGUUUUAAUUGGUGCCGUCGAAGAGACCGGAAGUGGAAUACCGUGUUGAAGAUCACGGUGCGCUAGACGGUGUGGAUUGAGAUUAAAUCGGAAGUGGAAGUUGUGUGCGUUUGAAGAUUUCAAAUUAGCUCUUUUAUGUGAACGGCCAGAAGCCUAUAUACACGAGACAGACGGUUCGAGGAAAAAAGUGUUUUAAUUUCACAGGUUGAAAGUGAGAAGAGUUUCCGCUGUCGGAAACAGACGUGUUCUGUGUUUAAGAUUCGGUGAAGUGUUCAAGGUGGUCGAUUCUGUGCUCUGAAAGUGACAAAACCAGAGUGAAAGGAUUUGAAUUUUUGUCCGACGGAUGAACCCACGGUUGAAUCAAAUAACUUAAUUACUGAAAUUCACCGCAAUCCAGAAGCUCUAACCGCGCGACACACUCUCUGAGGAACGUGUUUUCCCGCCGGCGACCGGAAGAACGACCAGCGUAAGUUUUAGCUCCCAGCCAGUUGGAAUAUCUUCUUCGAGGAAUUGUCUCAAUCAACAUAAAAUUACAAUCAUGAAAGCCACUCUGUGGCUGUGCACAUUGUUGACAACUCUGGUAUGCGUCAGUCGGCAGGUCUCAGGCGAACCGUACACAGACAGGAGGAUUCUACAGCCACAAGACAAUAGUUUGGUUGCCCCCGCCAAAAGGACAAAAGCGUCGCUGUCGAUAGUGAAUCCUUUGGAUGUGCUCCGACAGCGAAUCAUCCUCGAGAUGGCUCGAAGGCGAAUGCAGGAAAACUCAAUGCAGGUCGCACGGAACCAAGCCAUCCUACGCGAAAUCGGCAAGCGAAGUCGCGACGAUUUUCCACAGGAGGAUGUAAGCCCGCUUCACUUCGGCAGCCCGGAUCGUUUCUACUACGAAAGGCUCCCGCCGUUCAUCCGACGGUACAGUCACCUUGCCCCAUUGCGCCAGAUGGAUCUGGACGUUUUGGAUCCGGUGGAGAACAGGAAAUCUGCCGGUACCAGCAGCUCUAAUAGCAUGGCCAGCAGUAGAGACAGCAAUGACAGCGCCACCAGUGAAGCGGGAAAACAAAUUAACGAUCGCAGCAGCAGCAGCAGUAGCGGCAAGGGCAGCGAGGAUAUGCUAACGUUGGCCGCCGAGCAACGUCAGCUUGAACUGGAGCAACAGGAGGCCCAGCAGGAGGCUAAUAAAAUUCUCCACUCUGCUGUGGCCAUUGUCGGACCACAGGAGAUGAGAUUUUCCAACGAAAGGGUAAUGUUACCCAAUCCACGUGAGGAUGAUGAUGACAAUGACGACACGAAUAGCGAUAACGUUGCCGAUGAGGACGCAUACUUCCAGAGCAAUUUUCCAAGUGGUCGUGAGCAAAGACAGCUGCAGCAACAACAACAGCCCCUACCAAAAGAUGACGACCGACUAAAAAGUGACGACUAUCGGCUAAGGUAUUUGUACAGAAUACAGGACAAGUAUUUCGGUUAGGAUGAAACAA